AUGGACCGGUACGAGAAAAUUUCACGAAUCGGUGAGGGGGCCUAUGGGGUGGUUUUCAAAUGCCGCAACAGAGACACCGGCGAAUUGGUGGCUAUCAAGAAAUUCACCGAGUCCGAAGAAGAUCCUGUCAUCCACCGGAUAGCAAUGCGUGAGAUACGCACGCUGAAGCAACUCAAACACCCCAACCUAAUAAAUCUCAUAGAAGUCUUCAAGCGGAAGAAACGGCUUCACCUGGUCUUCCAGUACGUGGAUCACACCUUACUGAACGAACUGGAGAAGAAUCCCUCCGGGUGA